GUAACUCCUUCCUGUUUGUGAACACAUCGGGACGUUACAGUGGCCAGCGAGCUCAACUGCUGCUGCCGCCACUCAAAGAGAAUGACACCCACUGCAUCACAUUCCAGUUCUACCAGGCUGGAGGUCGGGAGGGCACCGGGCCCGCCACGCUCAACGUCUACGUCAAAGAGAACAACAGUCCCUUGGGAAUUCCAAUCUUUAACUCCUCUGGUCCUGCCUACCACAUCUGGAAAGUUGUGGAGCUUGCUGUAUCUACAUUUUGGCCUAAUUACUACCAG